AUGGACGCCAAGCGUCACAAGGCUUCCCGGGUGCUGUUUGUGGUGAGCUCGUUGGGUGACGGCAUGGCGCUGGUCUGGCUCCAUUUCGUACGUAAUGGAAAGAAUGCGUUUCUGGUCAGGCCGACAUUACGCGAUUCUGGAAGCUCUAUUGGCACGUCCUUGCCCGUGCCUGUUCCUUCGUCUCAACCGUUUGUCAAUCUGGUUACGCACCUUGGCGCCUUCUUUUACCUAGGCAUUCUUAGUCCAGUCUGUCGCGUACAAGCUUUACGGAUACAGUCGUUAGGCAUCCGUAAUAGAGUGGCCAAGGACAGUAAAGGGCUCGAUGGCACACCGGGCACGUGUACCGGUAGACUCUGGACCGGCAGCCGGAGGGUCAUCAAGGUGCCUCUCUUAUCUGAUGACGGCGGGUGGUCUUUGGCUUGA